AUGGGCCAAGAAACAGAACCAUUAGUUCAAUCACAACCACAACCAACUUUAGCACCACAACAACAACAACAACCACAAUAUGGUUAUACUCAACCACAACAACAACAAUACUAUUACCAACCACAAUACGAUCCAUACAACCAACAACCACAAUAUGCCCAACCAGCUUACACCACCACCGUAAUUGCUACUGAUAGUCACCACCACCACCAUAAUAAAGAUAGCCACCAUGUCAAUGGUGCUGUUAUUGUUUUAAUUAUUGGUCUCUUCUUUACUCCACUUUGGUUACUUGGUUUAAUGUACAUCAGAUCACACAAUAGAACCGCUCGUACUUUAGGUAUUACUUCAGUUUGUUUAUUCGCUGUUUGUUUAGUCAUUGCAAUUAUUAUUAUUGCAACCAUGCGUUAA